AUGCAGAAGAGCAACAAAUACAACUGCGCCAUGAAAACGAAGGACAUUGAUGCCGUCGAGGGCAAAUCUGUGUCGCUGCCCUGCCCCAUUGCCGAGCCCCUGCAUGAUGUUUAUAUGGUCUUAUGGUUUCGUGAUAAUGCGGGCAUACCUCUAUAUAGCUUCGAUGUGCGCGAUAGUAUGGCCAUUGAGCAGCCCAGACAUUGGUCAGCUCCGGAGGUGUUCGGUUCACGUGCCAAAUUUCAUUUUGAAUCGCAGCCAGCCACAUUGGAAAUUAAGGAUGUCAAAAGGCAUGAUCAAGGCAUUUACCGUUGUCGUGUCGAUUUUCGCACAGCUCAAACACAAAGCUUCCGUUUCAAUUUGUCUGUAAUAAUACUUCCGGAGCAGCCCAUCAUACUGGACCGUUGGGGUCGUCAACAGAAUGGCACACAAUUGGGUCCCAAGCAGGAGGGCGAUGAUAUUGUUAUCACUUGUCGUGUGGUGGGCGGUCGACCGCAACCGCAGGUCCGCUGGCUCGUAAAUGGACUACUUGUCGACAAUCAAAACGAGCACAAUUCCGGCGAUGUUAUCGAGAAUCGACUGUUGUGGCCAUCGGUGCAGCGCAACGAUUUGAAUUCCGUAUUCACAUGUCAGGCAUUGAAUACGCAAUUAGAUAAGCCCAAGGAAAAGAGCUUCAUACUGGAUAUGCAUCUAAAACCAUUAACCGUAAAAAUUCUGGAGCCGCCCAGUUCAAUGAUUGCCGAUCGACGCUAUGAAGUUACCUGUGAAUCGUCCGGUUCACGUCCGAAUGCCAUCAUCACCUGGUACAAGGGAAAACGUCAAUUGCGACGCACAAAGGACGACAUAUCAAAGAACUCGACACGCUCCGAGCUGAGCUUUGUGCCCACCACAGACGACGAUGGCAAAUCGAUAACAUGCCGUGCGGAAAAUCCAAAUGUGAACGGCCUCUAUUUGGAGACCAUGUGGAAAUUGAAUGUCGUUUAUCCUCCAUUGGUGACGCUGCGCUUGGGCUCCACAUUGACACCGGAUGAUAUCAAGGAAGGCGACGAUGUUUACUUCGAGUGUCACGUACAAUCGAAUCCUCAAUGGCGGAAACUGUUGUGGUUACAUAAUGGCAUUCACUUGGAACACAAUACGUCGGCUCGCGUCAUACGCUCCAAUCAGAGCCUUGUGCUGCAGAAGAUAACGAAACAUUAUGCGGGAAAUUAUGCGUGCAGCGCCAUCAACGACGAAGGCGAAACGGUCAGCAAUCAGUUGCCGCUGCGCGUUAAAUAUACACCUGUUUGCAAGCACACGGAUCGCGUUAUACUAAUUGGUGCCUCCAAGGAUGAGACUGUUGAGGUUAUAUGCGAGAUUCAAGCGGAUCCGCCGCCACGGACAUUUCGCUGGAAAUUUAACAACUCAGGCGAAACUCUGGACGUGGGCAGUGAACGAUUCAGCGUGAAUGGAAGCCGCAGCAUUUUAAAGUACACUCCAGUUACGGAUCAGGAUUAUGGUACACUGUCCUGCUGGGCGGCUAACGAAGUGGGAACACAGCAACAGCCCUGUCUCUUUCAAGUAGUUUUAGCAGCUCUGCCAAAUGGCGUCAGCAAUUGCAGCAUCUUUAAUCGCACCGAACUCAGUGUUGACAUACAAUGCAUACCCGGCUACGAUGGCGGCCUGCCACAGAUAUUUGUGCUCGAAAUGUUUUCAACACGCACCGGCAUUACCAGAUUCAAUCUGAGCAACGCGGAGGAGGCGCUCUUCUCGCUGGAGAAUCUGGACACGCUCACCUCGAUGAUGAUGCAGGAGAACAACUCGUUGAGGCUGCGCAUUUACUCUUACAAUCAGAAGGGACGCAGUGCAGCCUAUCUGUUGCCCGAUUUCAUAAUUGGCUCAACAGCUUACAAGACAGACGACGACGUGACGCUCACGCUGUCACCGGUGAUUGUUGGCAGCGUUCUAACCAUCAUAAUUAUUGGGGUAGCCAUCGCGAUACGAAUCUUUGUGGUUACAUUCGUGCACAAUCUGCGACGCAAUCGCCAGCACGGCAACAAGGCGACGGCGGCAGGCGUUGUCGCCCAAUCGGGCGAUGUCUUUAAGAGCAACAACCUGGAGAAGCCGCGCUGGCAGCACACGGACAUAAAAACGAAAUCAUCUGAGGAUUUGGUCGAGGACGAACGUGAUCCAGAUGUAAUACCCUCACAAUACGUUGGCGGCAGCAGCGCUGGGAGCAGCGGCAGCAAUGCCUCCAAUGUUGGCAGCACCACAGCCACUGGCACAGCCACCGGCAGCAGCACAUCGACAGCGGUGGCGGCAGCUGCGACUGCAGUCGACCGCGAUGCGCAUCAGUUUGCUGCGGUAACAGCAUCAGCUACAGCAUCUGCAACAGCAUCGGCAGCAGCAGCAGCAGCAGCUGGGACGCCAUCGGCCGUUGGACUCGUUGGCAGCAUUUCCAAAUGGUCACCCAAUGGCAAUGCAGCGGCCAUGACGACGACUACGGCGCUGUCCAGUGAUCCGGCGAAUCCGCCGGUCACCUACAACCAGAUCAAUGCACAGCGCGCGCAGCUGCUGGCCGCCGUUGCAGCGGUUGGCGGUGGCUGCAGCAGCACCGUCAUCUCGCCCAGCAGCAGCAUGAUGGGCAGCCUGGGCAUGGGCAUGGGUAUGGGUGGCGGGAAGCCGUUGACACUUGGCAUGGGUGGCACCAUCAUUGGAUCGCCCACAUCGCUCUCCUCGACCUCGACGCUGGCAGCGCAUUUACAGCCGGCGCACAGCAGCGGCGUCGGCACUCUGCCGCCCGGCCUGGGCAGCGGCGGUGGCUAUAUACUGAAUGCCUAUGCUAGUGGCAGGCUGCAGCAUACGCAGGGUCACACGGCCACCUUGAAUCGCCAUCAACAUCAACAGCAGCAGCACCACCACCAACAGCAGCAUCAUCAUCAGCAGCAGCAGCAUCAGCCUGGGUCCGGUUCCAGCUUGCUGCUGGGCAGUGUGGGCAGCGUUAUGGGCGUGGGCGUCACCUCGACAACAACCACCUCAUGCAACUCGUCCCAGGAUUUGGAUGACAACAUCAAUAUAAAUGCGAUAAAGGAUUGCCUCAUGACGCAACGUGUGCCCGAAAGCUGCGUCUAAGUGGCGAAUUAUAAAGUCUAGACUCUAGACCUUCGACUAUAGCGCUACGGUUAAGAGAAGCAGACGUACACACCUAGAUCUAGACCUAGACUAGAUA